AUGCCCCUGGAGGAGGGAGAACAUGAUUCUCUGACUUCUCAAACUGGUCAUAAUGAUCAUCAAGCGAGUUUCUUGCUCUUAGCGAACAAUCAAGAGCAGGAAGGCCUUAGCGUCCGUUCUGAUCCAGCCGGUUCUCCAGAUCCCGCCAACCGCCCCCGACCCAAGCACCAGUCCUCGAUAUCACAGCCGAAUUCCGACGGACAACGCCGUACUCCCAGGACUACCAAUCGGGUUCGAUUUGUUGAGGAGUUUCCAGAGGAUGAAGACGAUCAGAUCUCAAAUGGCCGCGCCCACAGCCCCGAUGACGGGCGAUGGCUCGACGAAGAAGAUUAUGAGCUGAAUGAGCAUUUGGAGUCUAGCAAUCAUUAUGGGAGCCAAUCAGUGCCUCUACUGACAAAUAUUGAAGCUCCCAGUGUGACCUUAGCGACUUCAGACGACUUCUUCCCCGAAGAUCACCUUGAAAACGCGCGGCCUCGAAGCGGGAUGAAAAUGGCAUUCAUGAAUAUGGCUAAUAGCAUUAUUGGCGCCGGUAUCAUCGGUCAGCCAUAUGCGCUUCGCCAGGCGGGGUUGACAAUGGGUAUUCUGCUCUUGACAGCGCUGACCGUGACGGUGGAUUGGACUAUCCGUCUGAUUGUAAUCAACUCGAAGCUCAGCGGAGCGGACUCCUUCCAAGCUACCAUGCAACACUGUUUUGGAAGAAGUGGACUUAUUGCUAUAUCAAUUGCUCAAUGGGCGUUUGCGUUUGGGGGUAUGGUCGCGUUCUGUAUCAUCGUGGGUGACACGAUACCGCACGUUUUUGCCGCCCUCUUUCCCUCGCUGCGCAGCAUGUCUUUCUUGUGGCUGCUGACAGACCGUCGAGCUGUGAUUGUUUUAUUUGUCCUCUGCGUCUCAUAUCCGCUUUCGCUGUAUCGGGACAUUGCCAAGCUAGCGAAAGCAUCUGCCCUCGCGCUAGUCAGCAUGAUCGUUAUUGUCGUCACGGUCAUUACCCAAGGCUUCCGGGCCGUUGGUGUGAUUUCCUUUGCCUUUGUUUGCCACCACAAUAGUCUCUUGAUCUAUGGAUCCUUGAAGAAACCCACAAUGGAUCGCUUUGCCAGGGUCACACACUAUUCCACCAUAGUCUCCUUGUGCAUGUGCCUAGCGAUGGGCCUCGCGGGGUUCUUGUCCUUUGGAUCGAAGACGCAAGGGAACGUUCUCAAUAAUUUUCCGGCUGACAAUAUCCUGGUCAACAUUGCCCGACUAUGUUUUGGCUUGAACAUGCUCACUACGCUUCCACUGGAAGCAUUCGUCUGUCGAUCAGUUAUGACAACUUAUUACUUCCCAGAUGAACCAUUCAACCCUAACCGGCAUUUGAUAUUCACAACUACUCUGGUUUUGACUUCAAUGGUGCUGGCAUUGGUGACAUGUGACCUUGGCAGCGUGUUUGAAUUGAUCGGUGCAACUAGUGCUGCAGCUCUGGCAUACAUCUUCCCACCACUCUGUUGGAUCAAACUUAGCAGCGUUACUCGAAAAGAAAAGAUUCCCGCAUAUCUAUGUGUUGGAUUCGGAUUUGUUGUCAUGGGUGUGAGUGUGGUGCAAGCCGUUGCAAAGAUCAUUCGAAGCGACGGCGAGGGUGGUUCUUGUGGAGCGUCUUGA